UGUUUUGAUCUAGUUUAACACCAUCACACGUGAUUAAAAAAACCGACCAAAACCCUACCACCUAGCUAUAUAAAGCCUUGUCGUCGCCUCGUUCUGCAUCACACAUCGAUUGUGCAUUUACCAGUUUAGUCACCUAAACCCAAAACACCAUGAAAUUCUUAGUCUGUCUCGUCGCCGCUUUGGCCGUCGUCUCCGCCGCCGAAGAGAAAAAGGAGAAACGUGGCCUCCUGGGUCUUGGUUAUGGCGGUUACGGUUAUGGGGGCGGUCUCGGCUACGCCGAUCACGGCCUUGCCUAUUCUGCCCCCUUGAGCUUGGGACACUCUCUCCCCGUCGCUCAUUACUCCGCCCCUCUUGUCACCAAAUCCGUAGUUGCCGCCCCUGUGGUCACCAAGUCCAUUGUCUCCACCCCUGUCAUUGCCAAGACCUAUGCCGCCCCCAUUGUCACUAAGGCCAUCGCCGCCCCUGUUAUCUCUCACGCCGCCCCCAUCGUCUCUGCCCCCAUCGUCGCUAAGUCCUACGCCGCUCCUCUUGCCCUCGGACACGGUUUGAGCUACGGAGGAUUGGGAUACAGCGGUUUGGGAUACAGUGGUGUAGGACUUGGACAUGGUUUGGGAUACAGCAGUGUUGGACUUGGACACGGUUUGGGAUACAGCAGUGUUGGACUUGGACACGGUUUGGGAUACAGCAGUGUUGGGCUUGGACACGGUUUGGGAUACAGUGGUUUGGGAUACAGCGGUUUGGCCUACGGAGGAUACGGACACGGAGGAUACUUGCACUAAGACCCCCAGGGAUUAUUUUUUAAUAAUUUAAAAAGUAUUUGUAUUGUACAUAUUGUAUAAUCGAUGACAGAUUAAAUUAAUUUUAUAUUAAA